GCAAUCACUAUGCGGCUACCAGCGCCAUACAUCCUAUGCUCCACCCUCAUCUCCGUAGGAGGACUCCUCUUCGGCUUGGAUACCGGCUGCAUUGGACCUAUUACAACCAUGCCAACUUUCCUUGACUCCUUCGGCCCUCUCUCCUCAACCAUCCACGGUAUCUUGGUCUCCUCGAUCUUGAUACCUGCCUCAUUGACUUCCUUCUUCGCUGGCAAUGUGGCAGACUACCUUGGUCGUAUCAAGACGUGCUCUAUCGGAGGCUUGAUCUUUGCGACUGGGACUGCUUUGGAGUCAGGUGCGCAAAACCUAGCCAUGCUAUUCGUAGGCCGCUGCAUCACUGGUGUAGGAGAAGGUCUCUUUCUAAGUACACUGGUCGUCUACGUCUGCGAAAUUGCUCCAGCAAGACAGAGAGGUGUUUUGGCCAGUGUACAACAACUGCUAGUAACCAUGGGUAUCGCAGUUGGCUACUUCAUCUGCUACGGCACAGUGCGCUCCUCCACCACGAGUUUCAGCUGGCGAUUCCCCUUUGCUCUACAGAGUUUCCUCGCCUUCACAUACGCCGUUCUUUCUUUCAUCUUCCUACCUGAAUCUCCUCGUUGGCUCAAAACCAAAGGCCGUAUGGACGAUUCUCACGACGCAUGGGAAAAACUAGGCAUCGCCGACGCCGAGCGUGAAAAAGACGACCAACAAAAGCAAUCCUCCACUCUCCAGGUUCAAGAACCAGAAUCCUUAGCCUUAACGCCAAUCCGCUCUCGCCAAAGCAUACACGACACCAACAAAACCUCAUGGCUAGCGGUCUUCGGAAAAGAUACCCGCAAACGCACAUUGCUAGGUUGUUUCCUCAUGGGCAUGCAACAAUUAUCCGGUAUCGAUGGCGUACUCUACUACGCACCUCUGCUCUUCCAACAAGCCGGUUUAAACUCAUCUACCUCCUCUUUCCUCGCAUCAGGAGUUUCAGCUCUUCUCAUGUUCCUGGUCACAAUCCCCGCCUUCAUCUUAGCAGAUAAAUGGGGCCGGCGCACUUCCACAAUCGCAGGAGGAAUCCUACUCUCAAGCACCAUGUUCAUCAUCGGCGCUCUAUACGCCUCCGGCGUCGUUCACGGCGACCACGGCCCAGCACGCUGGCUCGUCAUCGUGCUCAUUUACAUCUUCGCCCUAACAUACUGUAUAACCUGGGCUGUAGGCAUCAAAAUCUACGCCUCGGAAAUCCAACCACCGAAAACCAGAGCCCCUGCUACUUCUUUAGCUCAAUCGAGUAAUUGGGUUGUGAAUUUCGUGGUCGCGUUUACCACGCCGGUGUUUUUGGAGCAGAGUAGUUCGGGGAUUUAUUUCAUGUUUGGGGCUGCGAGUUUGUUGACCGUGGUGGUUUGUGCGGGGGGGAUGCCGGAGACGAAGGGUAAGACGUUGGAGGAGAUUGAUGGGGCUUUUGAGCGU